CACGCCCCGCGCCCGGGAGUGCUAGCUAAUCGUUGCUCGGCGCCUAAAGGGGCAGUACCCGCGUGAGCCGUUUGACAUGGCGGAGGACGGUUCCUCAGCGGCUCCGAGCCCACGGGGCUGUGCGGAUGGUAGGGAUGCCGACGCUGCCGAGGAGCGGAUAGCAGAAACGGAGAGAAACGACGACGAGGAGCAGUUCGAGUGCCAGGAACUGCUCGAGUGCCAGGUGCAGCUGGGGGCUCCAGAGGAGGAGGAGGAUGCGGGCCUUGUGGCCGAGGCCGAGGCUGUGGCUGCCGGCUGGAUGCUCGAUUUCCUCUGCCUCUCUCUUUGCCGAGCUUUCCGGGAUGGCCGCUCCGAGGACUUUCGCCAGACCCGCGACAGCGCCGAGGCUAUUAUUCAUGGACUAUCCAGUCUAACAGCUUAUCAGUUGAGAACUGUAUACAUAUGUCAGUUUUUGACAAGAAUUGCAGCAGGAAAAAACCUUGAUGCACAGUUUGAAAAUGAUGAACGAAUUACACCCUUGGAAUCAGCCCUGUUGAUUUGGGGUUCAAUUGAAAAGGAGCAUGACAAACUUCACGAAGAUAUACAGAAUUUAAUUGAAGUUCAGGCUAUAGCUGUUUGUAUGGAAAACGGCAACUUUAAGGAAGCAGAAGAAGUCUUUGAAAGAAUAUUUGGUGAUCCAAAUUCUUACGCGCCUUUAAAAAGGAAAUUGCUUAUGAUAAUCUCUCAGAAAGAUACAUACCAUUCUGUUUUUCAACACUUCAGUUACAACCACAUGAUGGAGAAAAUUAAAAGUUAUGUGAAUAAUGUACUAAGUGAAAAAUCAUCAACCUUUCUAAUGAAGGCAGCAGCAAAAGUAGUAGAAAGUAAAAGAGCACGAACAAUAACUUCUCAAGAUAAACCUAAUGGUAAUGAUGUUGAAAUGGAAACUGAAGCUAAUUUGGAUACAAGAAAAAGUGUUAGUGACAAACAGUCUGCGGUAACUGAAUCCUCAGAGGGUACAGUAUCCUUAUUGAGGUCCCACAAGAAUCUUUUCUUAUCUAAGUUGAAACAUGGAACCCAGCAACAAGACCUUAAUAAAGAAAGAAGAGUAGGAACUCUUCAAAGUGCAAAAAAGAAAAAAGAAAGCAGAAGAGCCACUGAAAGUAGAAUACCUGUUUCAGAAAGUCAACCGGUGACUCCUGAAAAACAUCGAGCUAGAAAAAGACAGGCAUGGCUUUGGGAAGAAGACAAGAAUUUGAGAUCUGGCGUGAGGAAAUUUGGAGAGGGAAACUGGUCUAAAAUACUGUUGCAUUAUAAAUUCAACAACCGGACAAGUGUCAUGUUAAAAGACAGAUGGAGGACCAUGAAGAAACUAAAACUCAUUUGCUCAGACAGUGAAGACUGAUUGUGUUUGUAAAAGCUUGACGAAAGGACAGUUAAGUACAUGUAGAUCACUACAUUUUGUUUGAAACUUGCAUCAUUGAUGUAUUUUAAAACUUUUAUUUAAAGCAUUACAGUAUUUUUCUGUGACCAUCAAUAUAAGGGUUUGUGCUAUAAGAAUUAAAGUAUAUGCUAUCACUGUAUUCUUUAAGAACCUUUUGCCGGGCACGGUGGCUCAAGCCUGUAAUCCCAGCACUUUGGGAG